CUUCCAUUUCAUCCGUUGUUUUGAGUUUUUGGAAGGCUAAACGUAGAGACCCAGUCGAUAUAGUUUGAUAAUGUCUAUUCCGAGAGCUCUUUUUCCUGUGACCAUUCUGGUUUUCAUGUUUCUAUCCUCCGGCGAUGCAAUUCGAUCAUUUCCUAACAAGCUGAAAUGUGUUGAAGAAGAAGCACCCAUUGGAUUUCGCAUGUCUAUGCAAUUCUCAGAGGCACCAGAGUACCAAAACGAGCCCCAAUGCGCUGCCCCUCCCAGAAACAGCAUGGUAUUUGCGUGUGACCCUUCACUUGUUCACAUCGCCAUGACGAUCGAUUUGAAGUACUUGCGAGGGUCUGUUGCGGCUGUACAUUCAGUUCUCAGACACACUUCUUGCCCUGAAAAUCUAUUCUUUCACUUUAUUGCUUCUGAUUCCAGUUUAGAAAACAUAUCUGAGCUUACAAGGAUAGUUAGGUCGGCGUUCCCUUCUUUGGGUUACCGGGUUUACAUAUUCAAGGAAAGUACGGUCAAUAAGAUAAUAUCAUCCUCGAUUCGUCGGGCUCUUGAGAACCCAUUAAACUAUGCAAGAAGCUACUUGGCCGAUAUACUCGAGCCAUGCGUUGAACGUGUAAUCUAUCUGGACUCCGAUGUCAUUGUUGUGGACGACAUUCAGAAGCUGUGGAGGAUUCCUCUAACUGGGUCAAGAACAAUUGGAGCUCCGGAAUAUUGUCAUGUAAACUUCACCAAAUACUUCUCGGAUGAAUUUUGGUCCGAUCCUGAAUUCUCGAAGAUUCUAAAAGGGAAAAGACCCUGUUAUUUCAACACGGGUGUGAUGGUGAUGGAUUUGGUGAGAUGGAGAGAGGGUGAGUACACGAGGAAGAUUGAGAAAUGGAUGGAGGUUCAGAAAGAGAGGAGGAUAUAUGAGUUGGGUUCUCUUCCGCCAUUUUUGUUGGUUUUUGGUGGAGAUGUUGAAGCAAUUGAUCAUAGGUGGAACCAACACGGGCUUGGUGGAGACAAUGUUGUGAGUAGUUGCAGGUCUUUGCAUCCAGGUCCUGUUAGUUUGCUGCAUUGGAGCGGUAAGGGGAAGCCAUGGGCCAGGCUCGACGGGAGGACACCAUGCGAAGUUGAUUACCUUUGGGCUCCUUACGAUCUCUACAAAGUACAAACACCGUGACCAUCCUCAUCACCAUCAUUACCAGGCCAAGGCGUACGUAAACAACAGCUACUGGACAUAUACAUUCUUCUAGCACAGUAUACCAUGAUUGUUUUGAUUUUUUCUACAGUCAACAAUAUUCAUUUUUUGUAUAAAGAGAGGCAUAUUCGGUGGAAA